AUGUUGCUCGAGCUGCACCAGUUUGGCCUGUCCGUCGGGUCGACGCAACUGAUUGAAAAUGCCAAUGCUCACAUUGUGGACGGUCAACGCAUCGCGUUGAUUGGGCCCAACGGCUGUGGCAAGUCCACGCUUUUGCGGGCCUUGGCUCAACCCAGUGGCUCCCCGCCAACGUUCGGGCACCAGUCGCCUGCGUCUGCCUCACCACGCGAGGCCACGCGCGGAGCACACACCGCUGACCCGGAGGUGGCCUUGACCAAACGCCAUGACUAUUUCCUGAUUGGCACGAGUGGGCUACGCGGCAGCUUGGCGCCAGCGUCGCGUGCUUCUGCCAAGGACGAGGCCGCCAAUGCGGACACAGACGAGGAGGCCUUUGACGAGAACAUUGGUGUGUUGCUCGUGGAGCAAGAUGAUUUGCACUGGACCCAUCUUCUUGGAUCGGCCGCUGGCACCGAAGCCGAGCUUCGUGAGAUGACCGUGCCCGAGGCCUUGGACAUGGCGGCGGCCGUCGGCGGCGAGGUCGCAGUCGAACACGCCGAAGCCUGGCGUCAGCUGGCUGUGGCCGCCGAUCACGUGCUCGAGUGGCGCACGGCCGGCUACGACUCGACCCCCAUCCAGGAGCUAUCUCCUGGCUCAGCCGUGCGUGCCUAUCUUGGCCUUGCGCUUCUUCGGCCAGGCGUUCGUCUCCUGCUUCUGGAUGAGCCGACCAAUCACUUGGAUCUGCCCAGCGUCAUGUGGUUGCAGGCCGCCAUUCAGGCCAGUGGCAAGGCUGUUCUGAUGGUGUCUCAUGAUACCGCUUUUCUGGAUGCCGUGGCCAAUCAGGUCUGGGCCAUUGACCCGGCCACCCAAACUUUAACGGUGGCACACACCACAUGCUCCAAGUUUCUUGCCGCCCGCGAGUUGGCGCUGCAGCAACAGGAAGUGGCCUACGAGGAACAGCAAGAACGACUCAAAAAGUUGACGGCCGUGGCCAACAAUCUCCGCUCAGCUUCGACGGCCGGCUCUCACAUGGUGAGCAAGGAUAACGACAAACUGCAGCGUGAUCUCAAGAGAGAUCGGGCCGGCCGUUCUGGUCGCAAGGCCAGCGCCAUGCAGGCUCGCAUAGAGCGUGAGCCAAUGGUGGAGCGCGUCCAGCGCCGCCGACCCCUGCGCAUCGUUUUGGACGCGCUGGCCCCUGACAACGACUCGGCCAUUGUCCUCGACCACGUGACGCUGGGCUAUGAUUCCGCUCUGCCGCUACCCAUCCCACCCAUUUCAUUGCGUAUUGACUAUGGCGAGCGUAUCGCCAUCGUGGGCUUCAAUGGAGUGGGCAAAAGCACACUGUUGCGCGCCCUCGUGGGUAUGCAAGCACCAUUGAGUGGCGAUGUGCGCCUGGGUCGUGCCCUUCGCCUAGGCAAUCUGACACAAGAGCACGAAACCCUGCCUCCCUCCCAAACACCGCGUCAGUACAUGGCAGAUUUAACCGGUCUGUCCGCCUUUGACGCUGGCGCUCGCCUGAUGCAGUAUGGCCUCACGGUGCGACAAGUGGACAGCUUGAUCGGGGAGCUCAACCCCGGGGCGCGCGCCCGCGCGCUACUAGCUGGCUUUGCGGCGCGGGCCGUCAAUCUCCUCGUGCUGGAUGAGCCCACCAAUCAUCUGGACACGGAAGCCGUGGCCGAGGUUACCGCCACUCUCAACUCUUAUGCCGGCACGGUCGUCGUCGUGUCCCACAGUCAGGAAUUUUUAUCCCAAUUACAACUGACGCGUAUCUAUCGCCUGAGUAGCGAUGGCCUCUUGGAGCUGGCCAGCCUUGCUGAUUUCGUGGAUCUCACGACCGAGGCCGUCCAAUCGGUUGUUGAGAAGUGCUGGCCCGCUUAG